AUGAUGAAUAGGAAGUACUCCAAGAGAGUAGGAGGAAUCAACUCCUUCUACACCAAGGGGAAGAAACGAAUCGGAGGGAAGUUUCAGGACAGGCCUUUUGCCAGUGGGCACGGGGCUUUGGUUAGAAGUGCCAAGGCGAGCAACUUCAGGAAAAGACGAACGAUAAAGUACCGAACAACCACCAAGAGGAGAAAUCACUUCUUUAAGAAGACGCAGAAUUUGCAUGACAAGAUAGGGAAGCUCACGUCCAAGGAUCUGGACGACGAAUUGGACAGCUACAUGGGCUCGAGCAAUGUGAAGUCCCGACUAGACAACGACUUAGAGUCCUAUUUUAAAAACAACGAAAUGUUGCAGGUGGAUGGAAAUAAGGGGUUCAACAAGGUGGCCGAGUAGGCACCAUGGAGGAGGGGAAAAAGCAGAGAAGCACACCCCCCCAUCGUAGGAAUACGUAAAAAUAUUUUUUUGCAUUAACGGGAACUGCUUAGCCAUCUGUUAUCGACGGAUUGGUGGCCCUACUAUAACUCAUUUUGGAGCAAAACUGCAGGGACCAAUUUGGAGCUUCCAGAAUGUUACAGUGGAGUGUUCUCACCCCUUCUUCAGCGUGCAGAUUCGUUUGAGGAUCAAGUAGAGGUAUGCGCACGCGUAGGCACCCCCAAACGUGAGUAUACUGCCAUGUGUAUGCCCCUUUUAUAACUGCCUUUUACCAUUUUAAGCAGUCCACCCACCCUUGCACGCGCCAUUUCGCCUUGGCAGAGAUCUCUCCAUGCCAAUCGUUCCUCGAACACACUGCGAAGUAUUUUGUGUUUCUUUUUGAGUCUCUUUAUGAGUCCUUUUUGCGUCACCUUUUGGGCCUCCUUUUGCGCCCCUUUUUGCUCUUUUUUUUUCCAUUUUUUAAUUAAUUUUUGCGUGCUUUUUAUUUUCAACAAAUUGUGGGGCAGAGAAACCACCUACCCCCCCCAUAAGAGUGGCCAACACUUUUAAUGCGCCAGCAGCUGCAGUUUAAACGUUGUACACACGUGCUUGCCUCAGCAUGCACAAGGUCGGG